GCCAUCAAACGGUACAGCAUGAAUAUAUUAGUUGAUUAUAAAGUCACAGUGUCUACUCUGACAAUAUAUGUUGGGGAGUGUUGGAAGGCAGCGGAAGGCUGCAAUUGGCGGGUGCGAGCUACAUUCAUUAAAAGUUCUCAGAUGUGGGAGAUACGAAAAUUUGUUGGUCCUCAUACAUGCACAUCAACACGUAUGACAGAAGAUCAUGGAAAACUUGAUUCAAAAACAAUCUGUACGUGUAUAAUGCCAAUGGUGAAGGACAUGCCGAUCAUUAAAGUUUCGGUACUGAUUGCCGAAAUGCAAGCACGAUUCCAGUAUCGAGUCUCAUAUCGGAAGGCAUGAAUUGCUAAAUAGAUGGCGAUGGAGCAACUGUAUGGAGAUUACGAUUCAUCGUAUAACGAGCUUCAAGGUUGGAUAGCUGCUAUGCAGGAGUAUGUACCGGGGACUGUGAUUAAGUUGCAGGGAAGACCAUAUUACGGCCUGGACGGCCAGUUACAGUCAGUAAAAAGGAUUUUCCAUCGGAUGUUCUGGACGUUCGAUCCAUGUGUGCGGGCAUUUCCCCACUGCAAGCCACUUGUGCAAGUAGAUGGGACCUGGCUGUAUAGAAAAUAUACACAGAUCCUACUUAUUGCGGUUGCUCAAGACGACAACAGAAACAUGCUCCCGAUAGCAUUUGCUAUCGUAGAUAAAGAGAACAUGGAGUCUUGGGAAUUCUUCCUCACAAACCUGCGGAGGUAUGUUAUUAGCAACGAUAACAUUUGCAUCAUCUCCGAUAGAGGGAAGGGUUUAAUUGCAGCAAUCAGGGAUUCCGGUGUGCCGUGGAGAUCCGUUUACUGCAUCCGUGACAUUGCGGCUAACUUCCACAAAGAUUACAAGAAUGCAAACUGGAAGAGACAAGUCGUGGCAAUGGCGUACGAGUUAGAGUCACAUAUGUUCCGGCAAAAAAUGAUCCGACUUGAGAGUGACAUGGAAGGACAGACAAACACAUCUUUCCGACAAUGGUUGGGCACAAUGGAGCCGUGGCAUUGGACAAGUCAACUAACAGGGGCAAGUACAUCAAAUGCACCUUGUCGUUGCUUGCAUCAGGCAUGAUUUCUCCCCCUACGAUAUGCAUGAUGUACGUUCGAGCAGCGCAUAUCAACUCGCCUUCAGUGGCUGUCGCUGAUAAUUGUCCAUACUUGGCUUUCAGCCAUGUAAAUUGUACGCCCGAAAAAUAUGACUCACCGUCCCCUGGUAAGUCUCCUAGAAGCUGAUAGCAAAGUGUAUCCGGAUCGGUAAAUGCAGAUAAUCCCGUUACGGGACUCCCGUCAAUUGGGAGCCCAAGCUGCAACGCUACAUCCUCCAAGGUCACCGUGCACUCCCCGCACGAAAAAUGAAAAGUGUGGGUCUCCGGGCGCCACCGCUC